AGGGAUUUCACCGCACGGAACAGAGUGAAAGGAAUAGGAAGGAGAAGUAAAUUGAUACAAGCAAGCAGGCGCAAAAGGGAAGGCGCCGGACUCGAAAGGGAAUAUGGGUUCGGCGUAAACAAAUGAGCUCAGGAAAGAGUCCAUCAGGCAAAUAUUAACAGGGCGUGCGUUACAGAGAGAGAGAGGGGGGGGAGAGAGAGAGAGAGAGAGAGAGGGAGAUCCUGUUCCUCCUCGUUCUUGCAGUUGCAGCAGCUUUUUGGAGGUGUUUCUGGAAGAUAGAGAAGCUCAACAACAAGGUCCAACGCAAGAGACCGCUGUAGACUGAGGAAGCGUACAAAACUGGAAGAAUAGUAAUGUGACUGACAUGGGGAAGAGAGGGAGUUGGUUUGCUGCUAUCAAAAGGAUUUUCGUAGCCAGCUCCAAGGAGAAACCGACCAAUGACACACGAGAAAAAGAAUCGAAAGGGAAGAAGAAAAAGGGGCCAGGACAACUGAAGAAUGGAGAGAGGAAGUCAUUCAAGAUUCCACUCUUCAGAGAGCCGAGCAGCAUCGAGAAGAUACUGGGAGAUGCUGAAAGAGAGCACAAUAUUCUAUUUCGGCCUCCCACGCCUCCAGAGCAACCGCAAACGCCAUUGAUUGUGCCUUCUCUAGUAGCUUCGACGAGCAAUCUGUCUCAAAGGGUUGCUUCUCCUAGAGUUGUUUCUCCGAGAGCCACUUCGCCUAGAGCCUCUUCGCCAGAGGUAGCAUCACCGAGAGCUGCUUCGCCAAGAGUUGUUUCACCUAGAUCUGCCUCCCAAAGAUUUGCUUCGCCUCGAGCUGCUUCACCAAGAGCCACAUCUCCCAGGGUUGCUUCUUCCAGAGGUACUUCCUCCAGGAGCCUUAAUCACCAGAAGGAAGUCAUUGUCCGACCAGAACCGAGCAUAACUUUCCAGCAUGCUUCAGCUACUAGGAUUCAAGCUGCCUUCAGAGGGUAUAUGGCAAGAAGAAGCUUCAGAGCUCUAAGAGGCUUGGUAAGACUUCAAGGAGUCAUAAGAGGGCAGAAUGUCAGGCGACAAACGACGAAUGCCUCAAAGUAUAUGCAUCUCUCUGUGCGAGUUCAGUCACAGAUUCGAUCUUGGAGGAUUCAGAGGUUAGAAAACCAAGCACGUAAUCAAGCUCAGUACAAGAACGACAAGGAAGUGGAAAGCACCUGCGGCAAAUGGAGCUUAGCGUCUGAGGCAGGUAACAGAGAGUACUGGGACGAUACCGCGCACACAAAGGAGGAAAGAGAGGCGAGGCUGCAAAGGAAGGCAGAGGCAGCCAUCAAGAGAGAAAGAGCAAGGGCUUACGCAUACUCUCAUCAGUUAUCGAGAGCUAAUCCUAGAACGGCUCAAACAUCUCUGGCAGACAUCCAAUCUGGCGUAUUUCCUUGGUGGUGGAACUGGAUAGAACGGCAGCUUCCCUUGUCAAAUCCGGCCGAAAACCAAUCCGUGAAGAGUUUCCGCCUCACACCACCGAGGCGAAACUCCGAGCUAAAGCCGAGUCCAAGGAUUCUCUCUAUCAACCACAAGCUUCAGACAUUUGGGUCGGAUAACUUUGACGCCUCCACACCAAGAUCAUCAAGAUCAAUGAUGGUGAUGUCAUCGAAGCGAGGACGGGUGACACCGACGAGAACACCAAGGGCCAGCAGUCCGAGCAUAAGCCAGUAUUCAAUACCGAGAGCUGGUGAACCUGUAUCUCCCUUCGGUUUGCCGAUGAGGGAUGACGAAAGCCUCACUAGUUGCCCGCCAUUUUUGGUCCCAAACUACAUGACUCCAACUGUCUCUGCCAGAGCAAAGGCGAGAGCUAGCAGCAAUCCUAAAGAAAGGCGUCCGGGUACUCCUAGCAGUGAAUCUAGCAGGCGUCUCUCUUACCCUUUAACGAGAGGAAUCGGAUCAACUUUUGCUUGGAACAAGGGCAUUGGCUCUCAAAAUGCCUCGAGUAAUGAUCAUCAUGACCGGCAGUCCGUCGGGAACAUGAGCGUGGAUUCGACCGCGUCUUCCGUGGUCGGAAGGAAGCCAUUUAACAGAUUCGUGUGAUUCUUCUUCGACAUAAUCUUACUUUUUUCCUUUCUUUGCGGUGGUGUCCCUUUUUAAUCUUUCACUUUCGCGUUCUGAGUGUAUUAGUGUUACUGAGUGACAAAACAUUGAUUGGUAGCAAGGAGACAAUUAGGAAAUCAUGAUGUUGUAUGUAUCUGAUUCUGAGAGAGGCUUGUUGCACACUGAUAUCUUUAGGUUGAUAAGGGGUGGUUUGAGAUUAUUCUAUGUAUUGUAUUUACUUUACAA